AUGGGCAAUCAACCUGGCAAAAAUAAGCAAUAUAGAAAGAAUGAGUUGAAGAAACUCGUAGAGAUCACCCACUUUGAUAUGGAUGAAAUCAUGAAGCUUUAUGAACAAUUUAUUUCUAUUUCAUCCUCUCGUGAAGAUGAUGGUGUGAUAGAUAAAAAUGAAUUUAAGGAAGCUCUUGGCUUGAAGGAUUCUCUUUUCGUUGAUAGAAUGUUCUCCUUGUUUGAUGGUGAUAAUGAUGGUACUAUUGAUGUAAGAGAAUUCAUUUGUGGAUUGUCUGUAUUUUGCGAAAAGGGAACCAUUGAUGAAAAACUCAAGUUCUCUUUCAGAAUUUAUGAUUUUGAUAAAGAUGGUUGUAUUAGCAAGGAAGAAUUGUACAAACUUUUAGAAGCUUCACUCGUUGAAAACUCACUAGGUAUUCCACAAGAACAAUUAUCAUCAUUGGUUGAUGCUACUUUUGCUGAAGCUGAUACAGACGGAGAUGGCAAAAUAUCUUUUGAGGAAUAUCGUGUACUUGUUACUAAACAUCCAACUAUGAUCGGAAAUAUGACUAUCAAUACCUCAAUUAAGAAGUAAACCAAAUUGUAAUUUUUAAUUCAUUCUUCAAGCUUGGGGAAUUUCAUUUCCCUUAUCAUUUGAAACAUCAAAUCUCUAUAAACUUCUCCUUUUCUAAU